GUGAAUAACUUUUAUAUAUAUAUUUUUAGGGUCUGUGCCCAUGCUGGGGGUAAAAUGAGGUGCCAAAAUGGUGAAGGUAUGGAGAAUGGGGAGAAAAUAGAGGGUACUUUUUGAUACCCACCCAAAAAACCCAAGUCUCUUUUUUAAUUCUUUAUUUUUCCAAGGAGAGUGACCCCCAACAUACAGAAAAGAUUGAACAUCAAACACUAUGGUAAACUUUCUAAAUUAUUGGGGAAGACAGAAGAAUGGGAAAGCUACCCUUCCUCUCUCUCACUCUCUCUCUUCCUCUCCCUUUCUUCUAUGUACUGCCCAGCAAAAACUGUCCCAUUGCGCAAACUUGGGGGAAUGAAGAAGGAGAAGGAAGGGUGAAACAGAACAACAACAACAACAACAACAACAACAACUGACCCAUCAAUGCCCCCAUGUAGAGUUUGUUAAAAUUUUCUCCACCACAACCCCAGUAAAUAGGCCUUCUAUCAUCUUUCUCUUUCUCUUUGACAUUUUCUGCUCAGCGCUCAGCUUCAGCUUCUUCAGCUGCUUUCGAAGAUGCCAAGGCCAGGCCCAAGACCUUACGAGUGCGUGAGGCGAGCUUGGCACAGCGAUAGGCACAAACCCAUGAGAGGUUCAAUCAUUCAGCAGAUUCUCAGGGUUGCCAGUGACGCUCAUAGCCCUACAACUAAAAAGAAUAAGGAAUGGCUAGAGAAGCUACCAAUUGUGGUUUUGAAAGCAGAGGAAAUCAUGUACUCUAAAGCCAAUUCCGAGGCUGAGUACCUGAACCCAGAAACUCUAUGGGAUAGAGCAAAUGACGCUAUUAACACAAUCAUCCGGAGAGAUGAGAGCACUGAAACCGGAGAGCUUUUGCCGCCUUGUGUUGAAGCUGCUCUUAAUCUGGGUUGCAUUCCGGUGAAAGCUUCAAGAAGCCAACGUCACAGUAACCCAAGGAGUUAUCUUACCCCAAGAGCUCAAGAACCUGUGUCAGCAUCUACUAGAGUUUUGGAUAAAACUAGUGGUGAACGAUGCCCUCAGUUAUUGCCACUUCACUCAGGGAAUCAGUUGAACUUUCCAAGAGCCCCAGCUAUGAAUUCUGCACUUUUUCUUUCAGAGUCUAACACCCAUGUCAAACAAAUUAACAACAACCUCACCGCCCCUCGCAAUUACCCUUUUUUACUUGAGAAUGUUCCCACUGGUCAUCAUAACCUGUCAACUGCAACCAAUACUAAUACCCCGAUUAACUUGGGUUCGGUGUAUCCAUUGUAUUAUGGAACUCAAUACCAAUCUGAAGAGUCUCGGUUGGGCCCUCAGAUUUCUGGAAAUGCACAUUCUAGGACUAUUUAUGUUGGCACGCCGGUGCACGCAUCAAAUGCUGAGCGCACUAAGCAGGAUUGUUUCUCCUGUAAAAGUGCCGAAAAUGUUUCUAACAGGAUUGGUCAAGAAGAUAUCAUGAACACCCAGGAGAAGCCACGAGAGCCAGAGUGUGAUUUAUCUUUGAGUUUGGGCCUAAUCUCACACCACCCAUGUAUGAACACCGAGAAAAGUUUGGCAUGUGAAACAGAAGAUGUUGGUUCAAGCAGUUCUCAGGAGGGGGGCAAGAUGAGUGAGAUGUCGCCUACUAUAAGUAAGGAAUUCUGUUUCUUUCCAAGCAAGACUGCUUAUGAUCCCUUUGAAUCUACUUCAAGAAUGUGGAAUUCAGAGGGUGAAGGACAGAAUUUGGAGGCCACUCUAAGAAAGCGUAAGGCACCAUUUAGUAGGAAUGAGGAGGAUGAGCAAUUUUGUUGGCAACCAGAUGUCUCAUCCAACUGGUUUACUGGUCGAAUUACAGGGCCAGCCAACGAAGAAACAAGUAAGGCGGACAUUACUGCAAACAAAGCACCAACAGACACAGACGAAGCCGAAUCUGCUUGUGGUGCUGCUGCUGCAGGACUCGAAGAGGUUGGAGAGCUCGGAGAACCUGAAGGGCUUGGAGAACCUGAAGAUGAAAUUUUGACAGCCAACUUCUGGCCGUGUUCGCAGUGCUUACCCACGGUGCAAAUGAAGUAGUGAGUACCGGCUGAUGUAAGAGGAAGAACAACUGAGCUUUCAGAUACAUCUGCACUUGUUGCGGUGCAGCUUUCAUAUUCUUCCUUUGUCACCUUAGCCACAUUAUGUGGUCCAUUCCACUUGAAGU